UUUCUUAAUAUAGUAUGAGUUGUUCAAACAUGUUAAAUGACUCUACUGUAGUUUAUGCACAAGGGUCGACAGGCACAGUAGUAUGGCGUGUCAAACGUUGCAAUAUUCGAUAAUGUACAAUGUAUGCGAUGUUUCUCAUCUAUCUAUAAAUUGAUAUAUGCGAUAAUUGUCACAUGUGCGAUAUUCAUUUGAUGUAUGCAAUAAAUGUAAUAUAUAUGCAAUAAAUUGUAAUAUUUGUGCGAUAAUUUGCAAUAUAUAUAUGCGAUAAUUGUUAAUAUAUGUUUGAUAAAUUUGUAGUAUAUUAUAUGCGAUCAUCAUCAUUUGUAUGCGAGGUUUUGUGACGAUAAUGACGAUAUACAUAUGCGAUAAUUUAAUAUACAUGUGCGAUGUUCGUUCUUAUGUAUGUGCGAAAACGGAAUUGUGGGCUAUGGUAUGGCUUCCUGUACACUUGAUCCCCGUAUCUGUAAUGUUUUGGAUCGGGCCAGACUAUACUGUGGACGGUAUAGUAUGGUUCCUAUGGUUCAAUGAGAUGGGCGUAGGGUUUAUGGGUUUAAAUGAUGGUCAGGGUACGAGACUCGAGCCGCGUAUUUCCAAAAUAGCCAGCCGCGUAUUAUUGGAAAAUAGAACACAUACAGUACAGGGUGGUGACAAAAGUUGCGUUUUGCUCGUAAAGAUCUGUUUUAUUCGAAUGAAUUCUGAAAUACAUGUAUUAGCAUAACUUAGAAAUUGUUAAUUGAUAAUGUGUCAAUUUCAUAGCUUUACAUGAUUGAAAAUAUCAGACAGACCAGUAGCAGUAGGCUAUCUUUGGGUGAAAUGUUAUCCCAAGAUUUUCUAGGUUGCAAAUUACAGUGCCAAAAAUUCCGCCUGCAAUUAAUAUCCAACGGUCUUUUGAAGACACCUCCGUUUGCAACGCUUGGCCUCCAGAGUUCGACUCCAGCUAAUGGCCGUAAGUUCACUGUCUUAACAUGAUAAGAGCCUACAUGUUCAAGAAAGAGAUUGUUUUCUCUUAACCACAAAGUAGAAAUGUGGAAUUUACAAUUUGCUCAGUGCUUCGUUUUUUUUAACUCUGUAUUUAUAAUUGAAUCUGAGGUUGAUGGUUUAAGCAAACUGAUUCAACGUAAUAUUUUGUGGCAGAAGUUAAGAUUAUAUGUACAUGUAUAUUGGCAAAGUUUUGGUUAUUGUUUCAUAUGCUUUUUACCCGGUCUCUAUGGCCAUCUAAUAGAUUGCCGCAGAGACCGGUAACAGUCCGCGAGACAACCCGAAGCAAGAUUUUUCAAUGAGAAACCUCCAGGAUAUAGAGGAAAGUGAGUCCCCAAAACAUUGAUGGCAAAGUUGAUCAACAUCCACACUGGCCUUCCGUUACCAGAAGAUGGAGAGGGUCAGGUUGCCAUGGUAACAGGAGAAUAUCAGUAUUAUCACUACGGUUGUGAUGGAGUUGAUGACAGGGGCUGGGGUUGUGGUUAUCGUACUUUGCAGACCCUCUCCUCCUGGGUUCGAUCCCAAAAGUCUUCCCACGGCCAAGCAACAAGAGAGACAGAUCCAACUCUCAAAGAAAUACAAGAAGCCUUGGUUGCCAUGGGCGACAAGGCUCCGUCUCUGAUUGGUUCAAAGGAAUGGAUAGGUUCCUUUGAAGUCUGUAUUUGCCUGGAUCAUUUCUAUAAUGUUCAGUGCAAAAUUCUCCAUGUAAAUAGCGGCACAGCAUUACUACAGAAGAUUCCAGAAUUACUUCAGCAUUUUCAGGCUUUUGGUUCCCCAAUCAUGAUGGGUGGUGACAGUGAUGCUUCAUCCAAAGGGAUAGUAGGCGUCUACGUUGGCAAGAAGAACAGCUAUUUAUUAGUCUUGGAUCCACAUUUCUAUGGGAUACCUACAUUUGAAAUUCUCCAAAGCUCUUCUUAUCUGUUGUGGAAACCUCUAGACUCAUUCCUGGAAAACUCCUUCUACAAUAUGUGUCUGCCAAUAUUCAGAAAGACUAGGUGACCCCCUUUUAGUGUAAGUCUUCAAGUUUUAUGUAAAUUUUUUUUUAUAAUUUUCAGCUCUCAAAAUGACAUCAGCGCUAUACAACCUUUGGUUGUGUAUCUGUUGUUACUAUACCUCAUACAUAUUCAUGAGAGAGAGUCGAGUUCUCAAUGGUCCAUUCAUCAUCACGUGCCAGGUGUUAAUUUUGUUAACUACCAAGUGCGCACGUGAGUGUUCACGCAAGUGGUAAAUGCGCAUGACAAGUAAUAGUUCCCCGGGAGCUAUUCUACUUGUCAUGCGCACUACCAUUGCGCGACGUCAUCCCCGGGCGCUAUUGAUCAUGGCACCGUUUUGUAUACACGCACGGACAGCGCUCUCUAAGCGACAUCCAACACAUGAACAAACUCAUCAUGUGCAUUUUGUUUCACAGUAAUCAUUUUCUCGUGCUCAAAACUCAUGUUCCAGUAACUGAAUAUGUAUGAAGUAUAGUAAAACAAAUAUAACAUGGUUUAUUUCGUGUGACUAGUCAAUGAG